AUGCGUAAGCUAAAUCAUAUCGCUGUUAGCAAUAAUUUAGCUAACAUAGCUGCCGUUUGUGUCUUAAAUAAUAAUCAAAUAACAGCUCUUCAAAUAAAUGCUCCUGAUAGAACAGUUACACUAGUAUUACUAGCUGGAGCUACUAGAGCUCUUGUUAUUCUAGCACAUAAU